AUGAAGGGUGAAAAGAAGACGGCCGAGGGUGUCGCUGCCCCGGCCUCGGAACAGGUUGAGAAUACGACAGUUCAUACGGUGACCGGCAGCGAAGCGUUCAAUCAGGCCCUUAUCCAGGAAAAACCACACCUCCUGAGUCCAACCAACCUGCUGCUGUGCGCCUGUUUGAUGGUCGGAUUCUGCUGCCAGACAAUGAACGGCUACGACGGCUCCCUGUUCAGUGGAUUGCUCGCCAAUACCAUCUUCCUCGAUCACUUCAACGGUCGAGACGCUGGCAUCUGGGCCGGUCUGGUUUCUGCCAUGUACCAGAUCGGCGGCGUCAGUGCGCUUCCGUUCGUUGGUCCGGCCAUCGACACCUGGGGCCGUCGGUUUGGAAUGUUCCUGGGCAGUUUCAUGAUCGUUCUUGGAGCGGUCGUGUCCGGGACCACGAUCGCGAAUGCAAGUGUGGGCCAAUUCAUGGGCGGCCGCUUCUUGCUUGGGUUUGGCGUCUCUAUCGCCGCUGCCGCUGGGCCUAUUUAUGUCGUUGAAACCACACAUCCAGCGUGGCGUGGUAUGGUGACUGGCUAUUGCAACACCUUCUGGUUCAUCGGGUCUAUCCUUGCGUCUGGCGCUGUCCGGGGUUCUAUCACCCUUGACAAUAACCAGUCCUGGCUGAUCCCGCUCUGGUUGCAGCUAGUCUUCUCAGGUAUCAUCAUCUGUACUUGCUGGAUGAUCCCUGAGUCGCCGCGGUGGCUGUAUGUCCACGGCAAGCAAGAGAAGGCCGUCGAGGUUCUGACUAAAUGGCACGGCCUUGGCAACCGCGAUUCUCUCUGGGUCAAAUUGCAGAUUUCUGAGUACGACGCUCACUUGAACAUGGACGGUUCGGACAAGAAAUUCUGGGACUACCGCAGCUUAUUCAACCGCCGGAGCAGUAUCUACCGUCUCUGCUGCAACUGCUUCUUUGCCAUAUUCGCCCAAUGGGCUGGAAAUGGCGUGCUGACCUACUAUCUAGUUCCCGCCCUCCGCGGCGCCGGCUUCACAUCCGACGUCACCCAGGCAAAUAUCAACCUUGGGUACGCCUGCUUCCAAUUCUUCUGGGCCCUUGUCGGUGCUGCCUUUGUUGACUCGCUCGGCCGUCGUCCUAUGAUGCUCUUGGGUAUGGCUGGGUGCUGUGUUGUUUGGAUUGCCAUUCUAUCUGCGUCCAGUCAGGUAAAUAACUCGGACGGCACACUCAACAGCGCCGCAUCCAACGCUACUCUCGGCUUUAUAUUCAUUUUUGGCGCUGCCUUCUCCUUCUUCAUUACCCCCCUGCAGGCCUUAUACCCCGUUGAGGUCCUAUCAUAUGAAAUGCGUGCCAAGGGCAUGGCUUUCUCCUCGCUUGCGGUCAACGCAGCAGGACUGCUCAACCAGUUCGCAUGGCCGGUGUCCUUGGACAACAUUGGAUGGAAAACUUACAUUGUGUUCGUCGUCUGGGACGCCAUCCAGACAGUGAUCAUGUACUUCUUCUUCCCUGAGACAAAGGAUCGCACGCUGGAAGAACUCGAUCAGAUUUUCGAGGCUCGCAAUCCUGUGAAGGCUUCGACUAGGAAGACAGCUAUUGCGGUCGAUGCCGAAAACAAUGUCAAAUUUUAG